AUGAGCAGAAACAGCUCCCCUUGGGACCAGCUACUUUUUCAGCCCCCUUUAUGCGAGGGCUGGAAGCAGAACGAUGAGGGAGCAGCCUAUCACCUGGGCAAUUGCAUCCUCCUCCUAGGCUACAUGGGGGGAAGUGGGAUCUUUGGCUCCAUCUAUAUCUUCAGCCUUCUGGCCACUGGCUACAUCUGCUAUGCUCUGUGGGGCUGGCUGAAUGCCUGUGGACUAGACAUCUUCAUCUGGAAUAUGCUGCUGGUCAUGGCCUGCGUACUUCAGCUGGCUCACCUGGUAUACCGGCUCCACAAGGACACCUUCUUGGAAGAGUUUGACCUCCUCUACAAGACUCUCUGCCAGCCCUUGCAGGUGCCCUUUGAGGUCUACAAAGAGAUCGUGAAAUGCUGUGAAGAGAAGGUCCUGUCACUGGCCAGAGACCAGAACUACGCUGUGGAGGGCAAGACGCCCAUCAACCGCCUGUCUUUGCUGCUCUCUGGCAGGGUCAGAGUGAGCCAGGAUGGACAGUUCCUGCACUAUGUCUUCCCCUACCAGUUCCUGGACUCCCCAGAGUGGGAGUCACUGCGGCCUUCCGAGGAGGGAACGUUCCAGGUCACGUUGACAGCAGAGACGGACUGCAGUUAUAUUACCUGGCCAAGGAGGAAGCUCUACCUCCUCUUGGCAAAAGAUCGCUACAUCGCCCGCCUCUUCUCAGCCUUCCUCGGCUACGACAUCUCGGAGAAACUGUACGCCCUCAACGAUAAGCUCUUCGCUAAGUUUGGCCUGCGCUUUGACAUCCGCUUACCCAGCCUCCACCACGUCCUGGGACCCGCCUCCUCAGAGGCUGAGGCGGAGAAGGAGCUGGAUGAGUGGGAGGAGCGGGCCGUGCCCCAUCGUCCGAUGUCUACCUUUGUCCAGACAGCUGCCUCAGCCCCUCCUCCUCCUUCUUCUGCCCACCCCAAGGCGCCCCGGCCUGACAGUGCCCUGCUGGCUUCUGGAAGCCUGACCCGGAGUUACCCCUGUGCCCUCUUCAAAGGACGAGCCCCUCUGGCUCCCACCCAGACCCCAGAACUCUAGGGCACAACGGUCGGUUUUGAUCAGGAAGACCCACGCAUGAGUGUAUGGUCACCCACCUCUAACCAGAAAGACACUCAUUAACAUGUCCACACAACACUCCUGCAAGCACAUGAAGUAUCUGCAUGAGACUGAAGUGUGAUGGCUGGACACUUUCCACACCACAUUCUGUUCACCUACAGUGGCACAAGGGAUGUCUGGGUGUUCCUUUUUGUAUUCUGGUCUUUCACUCCCAUGGUCUGUUAACAGCUCUGUUAUCAGCUCCAUUAAACAUGUUGGAAACACAGCAGUAUUAGCCUGUCCAGGGAGUCUUUCGAUUUGAGGGCACCAGUUAAAGAGAGUGUUGAUUCAUUAGGGUUCAGUGACUUGGAGCGGAGAAGCUGAUGUUCAGAGGAUUUCACAUGAGCUCUAGACAUAGGAAAAUGG